UUCAACACAAAUGAGAGGAGCCGGAGGAGCUCGAAUUUCCCAUUAAAUUUCGAUAAAAGUUCUUAAACCACAUUCGCUAUAACUGCAAAAUGGUUAAACAGACUAUUCAGAUAUUUGCCCGUGUAAAACCUACUAAGAAAAGUCCCUCGGUCUACUCCGUGGAUGAGGACGAGCGAGCCGGCUCAAGCCUGGAGUUCCUGGUGCCUCGGGAUUUAGCUGACGGCUUUGUGAACAACAAGAAGGAGAACUACAGGUUCAGGUUCCAGAAGGUGUUUGAUCAGACAGCCAAGCAGGAGGAGAUCUUUGAGCACAUCGCCAAGCCGGUGGCCGACAGUGUGUUGGCUGGGUACAACGGCACCAUCUUUGCCUACGGUCAGACGGGCAGUGGGAAGACCUUCACCAUCACUGGGGGAGCGGAACGUUACAGUGACCGUGGCAUCAUCCCUCGAACACUCUCUUACCUGUACCAGCACUUCAACCAGGACAGCGGCAAGAUCUACACUACCCAGAUUUCCUACCUGGAGAUUUACAAUGAAGUUGGGUAUGACCUGCUUGACCCCCGCCAUGAGGCACCUCGUUUAGAGGACCUACCGAAGGUUAGCAUCAUGGAAGACAACGAUCAGAAUAUCCAUCUAAGGAACCUGUCACUGCAGCAGUCAGCCAGUGAGGAAGAGGCUCUCAACCUGCUGUUCCUGGGAGACACCAAUCGGAUAAUUGCCGAGACCCCAAUGAACCAGGCGUCCACGCGCUCCCACUGCAUCUUCACAAUCCACGUGUGCAGCAGGGAGCCUGGCUCAGCCACACUGCGCCGCUCCAAGCUUCACCUGGUGGACCUGGCUGGCUCAGAGCGCGUGGCAAAGAGUGGCAUGGAAGGCCAGCUACUCACCGAGGCGAAGUACAUCAACCUGUCAUUGCACUAUCUGGAACAGGUGAUCAUCGCUCUGUCUGAAAAAAACCGUUCUCACAUCCCAUACCGAAACUCCAUGAUGACGUCUGUGCUGAGGGACAGCCUCGGGGGCAACUGCAUGACCACCAUGAUAGCCACCUUGUCAGUAGAGAAGAGGAACGUUGACGAGUCCAUCGCCACAUGUCGCUUUGCCCAGCGAGUGGCACUGAUCAAGAAUGAAGCCCAGCUCAAUGAGGAGUUGGACCCAGCCUUGAUGAUCAACCGUUUGAAGAAGGAGGUCCAGUCUCUGAGAGAUGAGCUAGCCAUUUUAAUUGGAGAGCAGAGGGAGGAUCAGCUCACCGAGGACGAUAUUCACAAGCUGGAGGAACAGGUGAAGGCGUUCCUGGAUGACCCCGACCCAGAAGUCACGCUGCAGCUGGGUCCCAACAUGCGGAAGAUCCACCACUGCUUCUCACUACUCAAGGUCAUGGUGCAGGACAUGCUGCCUAGUGGAGGUGGGGCUGGUGACUGUUGCUCUCCCUCACCUUCGGUGGUCCCUGAUCAUGAUAUAAGCCCCCCCUCAGCAGAAUUGAAGAAGCUGAAAGACAUGCUCCGGCAGCGAGACAACGAGAUCAGCAUACUAGUGAGCAUGCUGAAGAAGGAGAAGAAGAAAGUCCAGGAAUAUAUGACACAACUGGCCCAGCUUUCCAAUGGCCACUUGCAGUCAAAAAGUUCAGUGCAGUCAUCUUCUGCAGUGCUGACUGAAGAGUCUGGUGGGAAGGGAGAAAGCAGCAGUCCAUAUGGUCUGAGGAGACAAGGGCCAGCUCUCUCCAUGGGUCGACAGGAGGCCUUUGACAUCUUUCGGAGGGACCAUGAAGACAACGUGACCAUUGACGACAACAAAGCCCUCCUCAAGCAGAGGUUUGCUGAAGCCAAAGCCCUGGGUGAGCAGGUCAAUGGAGCCAGGAACAGAAUCAAUGAGCUCAAGAAGCAAUUGGAGCAGAGGAGGAUGCAGAGAGCUGCCCAUGCUGUGAUUGGGGUUCCAGUCGCCCAAGAGGAACCAGACCCAGUGGAGGAGAGGCUCUGUGGCCAGAUUGAAGAGGAGAAGAAGAGCUAUAAGAACACCUUUGGGCGCCUCAAGGGGCUGAGGACGGAGAUCGAGCACCUGCAGCUGCUGCUGGACAGGGCCAAGGUCAAGCUCCAGCGGGACUUCAGUGAGUGGUGGGACCAAGAAGAGGCCCAGUUACAGGAGCUGCGGUCAGAGGGCGGAGCCACGGGUCGCAGUGCAGGGAGGAGCAGCCAGCAGCCGACAGCACCGCGCCCCACCAGCGCUGUCCGUGGACUUCCAGCAAGGACAAAAGCUGCGAGCUCCGCCCACUCCGCUCAGGACUUUAGGAGCGUCAUGUCCAGUGGCCCUGCUGUCGUAGGGGACGGCCUGGAGUUCCGAGGCUCCGCCCCCCCGCUAGAGCUGAGAGACCUAUCUCUUUCCACGACGUCCCCAUCCUCCUCCAUCCCACUGACAGGAGACCAGCAGACGGACGCAGACAUCCUGGCCUUCAUCAGGGCUCGACACAGCCUGCUCAGCCGGACCGGGCAAAUACAGAAUGAAAGCUUCUGAAGAGGUGCCGUCGUAACUCUCCCAGAAUGCCUUGCUGCUCAGACAGCCCACCGCCAGCUUCCCGAAGCGGAUAUAUCGAGGAUGGAGUCUCCGAAGGCUGGAUUGUCUCUGGUUCCAGUGCCACCUGCUCUGGAAGGAAACCUAUGGAAGGGCUAUGUGCUCUGAUGGGCCAGUGUUAAUGAGUGUUUCUCGUGGUACUGCCCCCUGGUGGCGGGAUGUGUAAAUCUGCCAUCUCAAGAGUAACAAUAUUGUUAAGAUUUUGACUUGGUGCCCAUGUCCAAAGUAACUUACAUGUUACAUUUGUAAAUUAAUGUUUUACGCAUUUAUACAGCAGGGUACUACUUACUGGGUACUACAGUGGGAGAUGGGAACCAAGGAUCUUUGGAUUGCAAUGAAGACUGCCACGUGCGCCCCCCUGACCUUGAAGGCCAGGAGAACACUGUC